UUCCUAACAGUACAUUCUGAAAACCAACCCCAUCGAUGCCCUUGACUAUCUGGUAUGUUAGUCUCGCCUAACUCUCUCUCUCUCUGCUGAACCUUCAAACUCAAUUUCUUCAAUUUUCCUAAAUUUUACCAACUGGGUCUCUUACAAAACUCUUCAGGCUCUCUAAUUCACCUUAAAGUUUAGAUUUUUAUACUUUCUCUAUUCAACUCCUUAGUUUUGUUCAUUGGCACCAUCUUUGUUACAUAUAAUACUUUUUUGCUCACUUUCUAUGCUUUAAUUUUGCUCUAGUUAUUAGGUUCGAAUCUUCCGGUGCUAAUAAUUAAUAAUUCCUGUAUUGGCCAGUCAUACAGGGCUUUGCUCUGACUUCAAUUGACUUUGAUUGGACCCUGCUAGUGGACGGUGGGAUUGAUUCCUCAGAUUAGUCGGUCCUUGAGCCCGGAAGAAAAAAACUGAUCUAGUCAUUCCUAUUAAAAUAUUAUAGGCUUUGUCAAAUAGUGGCUAUAGUAGCAUUAUAGCACUCUAGCAUAGUGGAAUUUGAACAAACUGUUAUUUUCCGCGAUUCACUGUUGACAAUACGGGUUAUUACCUGAUCCAAAUCCAAUCCUAGUGUCUGAACUGUUAUUUUGGUCUGGAACAUUUGUCAACAUGAUUGAAUUGAAGUGUAGGCAUUGAUGUCAUUUAUCUGUGGGCUUCCUAUACUUGAGUGUGUUUAUUGUCUGGGUUGUACUCGUUGGGCUUGGAAAAAAUGUCUAUACACUGCAGGCUACGAGAGUGAAAAUUGGGGCCUAGCUACUGCAGAAGAGUUUGAGCCUAUACCACGAAUUUGUCGCACAAUCUUAGCUGUUUACGAAGAUGAUAUUCGUAACCCUCAGUGGGCUCCCGAAGGUGGUUAUGGCAUUAAUCCUGAUUGGAUUGUCUUGCGGAAGGAUUACGGGGAUAACCAACGUUGUGUUACUCCGUACAUGAUAUACCUUGAUCAUGAUCGCUCGGAAAUUAUACUGGCUGUUAGUGGACUCAAUUUAGCAAAGGAAAGUGAUUACAUCGUUUUGCUUGAUAACAAGCUUGGACAAACGGAAUUUCAUGGUGGAUAUGUUCAUAAUGGGUUAUUGAAGGCAGCGGAUUGGGUUUUUGAUGCGGAAUGGGAGGUUCUGAGGAAGUUAAUAGCGGAAAAUCCAACUUACAUGUUGACGUUUAUUGGACAUUCACUUGGUGCUGGGGUGGUGGCGUUAUUGACAAUGAUAGCGCUUCAUAAUCGCGACAAAUUGGGGAUACAGAGAGACAGGGUAAAAUGCUACUCCAUUGCUCCUGCCCGAUGUAUGUCUCUCAAUUUGGCUGUAAGAUACGCGGAUGUGAUCAAUUCUAUCGUACUACAGGACGAUUUUUUACCCCGGACAACCACUGCUCUGGAAAGCGUCUACAAGUCACUUUUGUGUUGGCCUUGUUUAUUGUGUCUCAUGUGCUUAAAGGAUACAUGCACACUGGAAGAGAAGAAACUUAGAGACCCAAGGCGUCUGUAUGCACCUGGUCGUCUCUAUCACAUUGUCGAGCGAAAGCCCUUCAGGUUAGGAAGAUUUCCACCCAUUGUUAGGACAGCAGUACCUGUUGAUGGGAGGUUUGAUCAUAUAGUUCUUUCUUGCAAUGCAACUUCUGACCAUGCCAUCCUUUGGAUUGAGAAGGAAUCUCGACGGGCUCUUGAUUUAAUGCUAGAGAAAGAUCGGCAUAUGGAGAUUCCGGCAGCGCAAAAGAUGGUGAGGCAAGAAUCUCUAGCUCGCGAACACAGCGAAGAGUACCGUGCAGCCCUUCGGAGGGCAGUUGCUUUGGAUAUUCCUCAAGCAUACUCACCUUCCUCAUAUGGAACAUUUCAUGAAAUUGAUGCUGAGGAAGAUUCUGGAAGAUCUAGUGGCAAAGACUCUUCCUUGUCUCAUAACAAACGAUCAGAAAGUUGGAAUGAAUUUGUCGGACGCAUGUUUGACGUGGACGACACAGGUCAUAUGGUGUUCAAGAAGACACCUCCUUAAAUUAUUUCUUUAUAUCAAGCUUCAUGGAGCAUUAUUUGCUCCUAGUUUUGGGUCAAGGGUGAAAAUUCAUUGAUUUACAUUAAGCACCCAUUUAGUUUAGUAUGAUAUUUUAUUGCGAUGCUCAUUUUAGCUUUGCUACCAUGUGAAUAUUGUAAUUUAGAGCCUAUUUGGAUUAAACUUCUUAGGAAAUAUUAUAGAAAGAGAAAUAUGAAUAGAAUUUUGAAGACAACUAUUAAUUUUUAAA